AUGGAAGAUAUUGAUUCAAUUAAAAGUGCACCAAUGUGCGAAGAAACUGUGCUUUGGUUCGAAUUUCUUUUGAAACCUGAAUUACUUGAAGGAUUUCUGAAAAAUGAGAAGGAAGGUUCAGCACAUGCAAUAUCUGUUAUGGGUGAAUUUUUGGGAAUCAGCGGCAAUGAAAAUCCACAACAAGUAAACGAAAUUAAUUCACCAGAUUCAGAUUCACUAAAUAAAUGUGAAAGUUUAUCGCUUAAAUUGGGAAGAAAACAAUUAGCACUUAAAAUUCUAUCACUAAAAGUCGCUUCAUAUCUUAAUUUCAAUCUUGAGAUAUUCGAAAAAUGUCUACCAAUACAAAAACAGAUUCAAUUACUUAGUGAUCUUGCUUCGGUUGCUUCUGGAAGACUUGUAAACUUACCCUUAUCGCUUGUUCAUGAAGUUCCAUUAUCACCAGAAGGAAACAAAGCUGCACUAAACUUCGCUCUUACUUUGUAUCAUCGCUGGUUGCUAAGAGCUCAUGUUUUAAGAGGAAAUGCUACAAGAUCUAAACCAUUUGUUCACAUUAUGACUACUCCUGAUCAACCAAAUAACAAUUCCAAUCCUGAUGACAAAUUUUUUGCCGGCAUCGAACCAUUCACUCCGUCAAGCAUUGAGUUCCUCAAUCAAAUCAUAGACGACCCCGAUCCAUUUCGAAUGCUCACAUUUGAAUCCUUCGUUCCACUCAAAGAAAGCUCAUCGAAACUUGAACCAUACAAUGGACAGAAAUUUGACAAGUCAAUCAUCAUCAGUAAGACAGAACUGAAAGCUCAAAUCUAUUAUGAUCUCUGUGCUUAUAACAUAUUCAUCAAGAAAUAUGAUAUCGGAAAGGAGAUGAUACUUUUAUGCAGAGACAAUUUAAACAAGCUAAAACAAGAGCAUGAUGGUAAUCUCUCGAGUAAUCGUUUUUGUACUGUGACAGAUGAUGAUUUACGUGGCUAUCUAUUAGCGUGUGGAAUAUUAGAUCACAAAUCAACAACACUUUUUCAACGUUUCAACGAAUCAAUUCUUAACAAGAGCAAUGAUCUUGAAACUAUUUUAAAUGAAGAUAAUUUUAAACGAGAGAUUCCUUUUAUUCACCGUAAAACUCUUGAGGUUGAACAAGAUAAAUCAGGCAAUGAAUAUUUUAAAUUGCUUGCAUUAAACACGAUUCGAUUCGUUCUCGAUACUAAAAAUAUUUUAACAAGCGAUACUACAACAUUGAAUCUUAAGGAAAACGCAAAACGAUUAAUUUUUCUGAAAUAUUUCAUUCAGUAUUCAAACGACAUUCAUCAGAAAUUGUCUCUCAAUGAAAGAUUCAGCAUCCGAAAUUAUCUUCUAAACUUCCUCGUAACAUUUUCAUCGAAUGAAACUGAAAUCAAAGAAUCAAAAUAUUUUGAGAAAAAUGAAGUUGAAAUAUUUAAAAAGCAGAAGAUUGGAGAUCCAAAUAUUCAUCCAUCUGGCAUUGGAUUGUUACAAGAUUGGAAUAUUCCAGACGUUAAAAAUCACAAUGAUAUUUUAUACUCGAAAAUUCUUUUCGGCGAUCUUGAACGAAAGCUUGUCGUGUGCAUGUCACCCAAGCAAAUAAGAAAACUUCUCGUCGAACUUGCCAAAUUCAAUCCACAAAUGCCGUUAUGGGCGAUCAAUAAAAAUUGGUUCAUUCCUGCUGAUGUACGUAUCGCUGUAUUAAAUCUCAAACGAGGGUUUCUGCAAGAUUUUGCUUACAUUCUUCUUGGAAAGUCAAAUGAAUUGCUUCAGAAAAAAGACUACACCACAUCCAUCAGUUUAUUGACUGAACUUCGAUCAGAAUCAAAACGUCCCGAAUGGUCGAAUGACAUGAAUGUUAAUAAACUUGGAAAAUUACUCGAUUGGGAGAAAUUCAACAUUCAAAUUAUUCAAAGGUUGGAGAAUUAUUGGCCGAACAAACCGCCUACUAUUAAAGAUCCUUGGAUAGUUAAACUCAAGCAGAUGGUGGGUGGAAUCAACAAUGAAAUGCCUCGAUUGGAAAUUAUUGAAAACUCCAUGUUCAUGCUGUUGAAUGUUAAUGACUGGAACAGUUGUCUCAUUCCAGAGAGUAAUGCAAGUUUAUUCACUGAAAUAUGUUCAAUAUUUUCUGCAAUGAUGGUGGAUAUGCAACAAGAUACCAAAAAUAAAAAUCUUCUACCAAGAAAACGAGAAUUCUGGGAUUUCAUCCUUCCAAUUUUCCUCAACAACAGUAUUCAACAACAGAAUCAAAACCCUAAACGGAGUCAAAAUAACAGAAGAUCAAGCGAAUCUCCAGCACGCUUUGUUGCAUCAGCAAUGAACAUUUCAGUGUUUAAACAAUUUUUGGACAAAAUGAGAGAUUCUUUUGCAAUUUCAAUUUUACUCUCAAUGCUUUCAAAAAUGCAUAAUCUUUUGAAAGAUGACACUAACAUGGAGCUUAGCAUCGAAAACUUCCAUUUAUGGCCUCAAAGUAUUAGUAAUAAAAACAUGGAUGCAAAAAGAAACUUAGCAUAUGAAAAUCAUAAACUUACUGUCAAAAGAUGGGAACGUGAAUUUCAGAAGAAAAAUAAAAGAAUACCAUCAAAAGAUGAUAUAAGAGAUGCUCCAACAGAAGUUCGGCAAUCUUAUAAAAUGUAUUACAAAAUGAAAACAGAGAUUUUAUCUCUAGAACUUAGCGGAGCUUUAGAAGAGGAAGAUACGGAGAUAAGUUCAACUCAACCCAAUUCCUCUUCAUACUUUUCAUCAGAACUUGAGGGAUUUUCUGAAUCUUAUAAUGAAGUUUCACAUAUAAAUGAAUCAUAUGAUCAAUCGCUGACAGAAGAGAGAAAAGUAAGCGCUCAAGAUAAUCAAGACUAUGAAAAUUAUCACAAUGAAAGCAUCAAUAAGGAUGUGUGGAAUGAAAAAUUAAAUAAAAAGAAAUCAAUGCCACAUCAGAAUAAAAAAAUUUUGCCAACGCUAGAUGGUAAUAAGAAAAAAUGGAGUCUAAUGAUGGAACCAAUAACACUGAAACCACUCAGAAAUCCAAGAAAACCUUUUUCUAAAAACAAACUAGCUACAAGUAAAAGCUUGGUUGAUUUCCAUGAGAAUAAAGAAACAUUACCAGACCUUGAGACGAUUCUUUUGCAGAAAACGAGAUCAAAAAUGUUACCAGAAUUAAAAAAGAUUGAAUCAACUUCUGUUCAAAUAAAAAAUUCUGUUAAUGAUGGAUGGUUGGAAAGGAACACAAUAACAGUCUUAAGCUCAUUGAGUCACUCAGAAAUAAGCAAAACAUCGUCAUCUUUAACAAACACUUCAAGUUUUGGGUUGUCUAACUUAAAUUUGAAAUCAUUUGCUUCAUCUUCAUCUCUCAUUUGCCGUGAAAACAGCACUGAAAUCAAGUUUCAUGCUUCAAAUGAAUCUGAAAAUGAAAUUAUAGGAAAUAGUGACGAUGAAGAUUUAGGAGCAUUGAAAAGUCCACCACUUUUACCUGUCGCUAAGAAACGUCGAUUAUCCACUGAAAAUUUAUUAGAAUCUCCAAAAAAAGAAUCUUCACUUCCUGAAAAAUCUCAAACUCUAGAAACAAUCAAAGAGUUUAACGAUUCUAAGGAUCAUUCAAAUGAUUCUGAAAUCGAAAGCAAUUCUCCUGUUAUGAAGCGAAAGCGAAGCAUGUUGACACGUUCAAAGAAAGGGAUUUCAAAAAUCACAGAAAAAGCAAAAAAGAUCUUCAAACAAAGUAAGAAAUCAUCGAAGAAAAUGAAGGAUGAGACUUCAGAAGAAAGAAAAGAGGAUGAAGAAGAAGAGAUUAAUUUUAUGAUUGAUUCUGAUCCUAAAUCAUUGACGACCGUGCCUCGAGUAUCGCAAAAAGAACUUAAUAUGACUGAAAAAAUAUUUAAUAAUUAUGUCAAUCAAGCUAAUACAAUGCCAUCAACAUCAAAUAACACAAGGACGAUCAUCGAUUCAAAAACUGCUGCGAAAAAGGAAAUUCUGAAAAAGAAAAUUGCAGCAGGAACAUUAAAUGACAAUUUUGUGUCAGUAAAUUUAAAGAAAAAAGUUUUUGUGCGAGGGAAGAAAGCUUUCAGUUUCAGUAAAUAUAAGAAGACAAUGUGGAAAAUUCAUUCAACAAAACCCGACACGAUGCCUUCAACAUCAAAUGAAAUUUGGAAAAUGAUCGACGAGGAAAGUGACGAUGAUGAGGAGUUUGAUGAUAUGGAAGAGCUCGAUGAAAUAUUGAAAUGUGAUAAAGAAAAUAGAGAUCGAAAUUCUGAGUUAAUAAAUCAUCCAGAUGAAGCAACAGUUUCAGUAAAUUCAAAGGUUUAUAUUGGACAAAAAAUCCCGGAAGAUUUCUUGAAACGAUCAGGAAUUCUGGAUGAAAUGUGUGGGAGUUUCAAUACAGAAAUUAAUCCUGUUUACAAAUUGAAUUCAGAUGGAACUCUUCCAGCAACGCCAAAAGAAGUUUUUGAAGCAUUGAACAUGUUUGGAUUCAAAGAAUUUCGUUGUGGUCAAGAGCAGGCAAUCAUGAGAGUCUUGUGCGGUAUGUCAACACUUGUUACGUUAAGCACAGGCAGUGGAAAGUCUUUAUGUUAUCAACUUCCUGCAUUUCUUUAUCGCAAAGUGAAACAAUGCAUAACUUUGGUAAUUUCACCGCUGGUCUCAUUGAUGGAGGAUCAAGUGCAUGGAAUUCCUGACUUUUUAAACGCGCAAUGCUUACACACAAAUCAAACUCCAAAGCAACGUCUGAUGACAAUGGAAGCAAUAAAAUCAGGAAAAGUUGAAAUCCUUUUAGUGUCGCCAGAAGCUGUUGUGGCUGGAGAGAAAUCAACUGGUUUUGGAUCAUUAUUGAGACAAUUGCCACCGAUUGCCUUCGCAUGCAUUGACGAAGCUCAUUGUGUGAGUCAAUGGAGUCACAACUUUCGACCAUCUUAUCUUAUGAUUUGCCGAGUGCUUCGUGAGAAGCUUGGAGUUAAAACUGUUCUUGGUUUAACAGCAACAGCGACACUUCAAACAAGAGAAAGCAUUGUUCAUCAUUUAAGUAUUCCUGAUGGAAUAAAUGGAAUUAUCAGCGAUAUUCCAUUACCAAACAAUCUCAUUCUUACAAUUUCAAAAGAUGAAAAUCGUGACCAAGCAUUGAUGUCACUUUUACGAAGCGAAAGAUUUUCUUCACUUCAAUCAAUUAUCGUUUAUUGCACUCGACGUGAUGAAUGUGAAAGAAUUGCAGGAUUUCUUCGAACAUAUUUGGCACAAGAAAACAGUCAAGAAAUGCCAAAAACUUUUGAUAAAAAGGAGAAUCAUAAGAAAAGGAAACGAAAUAAUUUGUUUGCUGAAGCAUAUCAUGCUGGCUUAGCUCCAUAUCGUCGUCGUUCAAUUCAAAACCAUUUUAUGUGUGGUGACUUGAGAGUCGUUGUUGCAACAAUUGCUUUUGGCAUGGGAAUAAACAAGUCGAAUAUUCGUGGAAUUAUUCAUUACAAUAUGCCGAAAAGCUUUGAAAGUUAUGUUCAGGAAGUUGGACGUGCAGGAAGAGAUGGAAAGGAAGCUCAUUGUCAUGUGUUUCUUGAUUCGAAAGGAAACGAUUUAUGUGAAUUGAGACGUCACAUAUACUCAAACUCGAUUGAUCGUCAUGUUAUUCGAAAACUGUUAAGAAAAGUCUUCGUUCCAUGUUCAUGUUCUCAAUCGCAAACUCGUUCGAAUCAAAAGUCGAGAUGUUGUCCAGGUCAUGAAGUUUGCUUCUCGAUUGAUCAAACAGUUCAAUUGUUGGAUAUUCCGCAAGAAAACAUUUCAACUCUUCUUUGUUAUUUGGAACUUCAUGAACAAUGUUACAUCAAAGUUUUAAUUGAUGUUGCUGCUGCAAUUUGUUGGGACAGCGGCGUUGUGAAAUAUCAAUUGAAGCAAUUAGAAUGGACGGUCGUUAAUGGCGCUUCAAAACGAUCAUCAAUCACUGUCACUUUCUCAGAUUUAGGAUUUCGAAUACGUUCACCUGGUGACUUAACUGACGAGGAACUUGAUUCUGCACUCGACUCAUUAGAAAAGCGAACAUCAUCACAAGAAAAAACUCAAUUAAUUCAAUUCCAGUUGAUUUACCUACCAAGUUCUGAAAAAAAUACGACAGAUUGUCUAGAUUCCAGAGAAUUAAAACAGAAAACGGAAAGUAAAACUGCCAUUCACAGCAGUACUUAAGUUUGCAGCUGAAGAUUUCAACAUCACCUGCAACAAGUGCCAAAGCCAUCAAAUGCUUUCGUUGCUGUGGUUAUUUGAGAUGGUUUGAUUACUCGCAGGAAAUACUGCUGACAUCGAUGCAAAUUUGUUGAUUAUUACUCCUUUCUCCCUUUGAAUAAUGCACAAGUAGUAUUGACAUUGAUGUGAUGUUGCAUCUGAAUCUGUUUCUUCCGGUCUGGGAUGGCAAGGAAGAAAUCUGGACAUGAAUAACUAUCGUCAACAUUAAAAUAAAACAGAUUGUUGGCUAUCAGUCGGAAAUUUCUUCAACAUUUUAUUCGGAGUCAAGCGUGCUGGACAAGCGCUAAUGAAGUGUCCAAUUUUGGUGCAAAAGAAGCAAAAAUAAAAUUUAAAACCAAUUUUAAAAUAAAUUUCCGCUCCUGAUGCAACAUUGUAAACCUCUUGAAUUACCUUUGCAUCUGCUUCGAGUUUUAAAAGAGAACGGGACAUCAAAAUAAUUUUCAUUCCACGUUGAGCAAGCUGUAAAAAUUAAAUAUUGGAAAAAUUUACAAAGGUUUUCUUGUAAAAUUAGUAGUUUUAAAUGACAAUAACACAUGUGACGGUUUGUCAAUAACAUUAAGAAGUUUUUUGGCUUUU